AAAUAAAAGUCACCCUGCAGAUAAAGUUGAUAUAGCUGCUUAGCCAUACUAUACUGAAACAAAUGUAGAUAUAUAAAUUCAAAUAUAUAUAGAGAGAGGGCUUUUCAGUCGGUGCAUUUUACAACGACAUUUCGAUUAAAACUGUGAAUUUAAGAGAAAGUUCGAGUUUAAUCGUGCGGUCUUGUUCUGUUAUCUAAUGGCUGGUGACAGAUUCACUGCAGCGGCAUCAAAACACACGACAGAGCAUCAUGCGGAGCGUCCCGAUCAGCUGGUCGUUAUAUCCGAUCAUUAAAGACCGAGGUUUUCUGUAGAGUGAAGUGAAUGCUGAAGAGGAUGGUGAGAAGAAGGAGGAAGAUUUCCAGAUGCCGACACAGCAGUGGGCAGUCGUUCCAUCACUGAUUCUUGCACUGGAAGGGUAAACAUUUUCGACUGGCCAUUUUUCAGUCUCAGCAGUCAAACCUCAUGGACCACAGAGCUCAGAGAAACAAGAGCAGAGCCAGCUACUUUGGAAAUGUUAAGAACAGAUUGGGAUCAAAGCUGCCGGCUGGAAUUUCGCAGCCUCCAGGCUUCAUUACUGCUCAGUGUUCCAUUGGCACUCAGGUUGCACUGGGAAAGAGUGUUGGGCAGGAGUGCGUCAAAGGACAUCACCAAAUCCGGAACCCCAAACUGAGACAGUACUAUCUAAAGGAGGCUGCGUUUCCUGCUAAAGAUCCAACAACGAAGACUUUGGAGUCAUGCGGGAACAAUGAACAUGGAUUACCCAAGAACAAGGCCUCAACUUCUACGGAGACGGCUUCUGACCUGCGUUCUAGACAAGAGCAUAGCCUCGAUCCUGCGCUCGACGUUGGUGUUGUGGGAACCGCGACUCUUGUGUCUCCUUCCACAGAUGCAGAAUAUGACAAGCUGACAGAUGUGGAGGCGGUUCCUUUACCUGAUGGAAAUGUAUGUCUAUUGGCUCUCCCGUCUGAAUGCUCUCAGGGAGAGGGGCCAGCUGGUUUGUCUUGCCUCAAACUAUUCUCUCGUUACAUCACAGACAGAAAGGGUGUGGUCGCUGGAAUAUUGCUGGUGACGUCCAAUAAGAUCUUCUUUGACCCUCAGAAGUCUCAACCACUUGUUCAGGAGAAUGGCUGUGAAGAAUAUGUAUUCUCCUGCUCUGUGGAUGAUCUUACCUCAGUGUCCUUCUACACGGACAUCUCUCACAUUCACUUCAACAAGACAUACAGAUGUAACAGUUGUAAGCCAUCAAAGAGCAAAAAAGAGCACAAGAAAACCCAUCAGUCAGUAUUAGAGGCCGUUCUUGCUCCCAAGUCCUCUGUUUCACAUGAUCCGACACCAACUCCAGCUGCAAAUCCUGAGGAAGAGGAUGAGGAAGGUGGAGAGGCAGGGGACAUGGCCGAAACUGAGAGACAGCUGACUUUGGAGUCGGAGCAAUCAUAUUUGGAAAGACAAUUGUUAGGUACUUGUGCUGCUACAUCUAGUAGUGGUGUAAACGGAUCUCUGAUGUUUGUGAGAAUUCGACAGAAGCUUCAGCAUGCAAAGAAAAAGGCUUUCUCUAAACCUAAAAUCCCCUCCAGGGAUGCCUGGUUCACCAUGCAGCAGGAAAGGUCAGACGAGCUUCACGCUUACCUGAGCCAGCAUCGGCCGGACCUGUGCAUUCUGGAGGGAGGAGAAGGGGACGAAGCAGAUGAAGAGGAUUUUGUGCUUCUGGAUGAGGAGGAGCAGGAGGAGCAGGAGGAGGAGGAGGGGUCUCCACGAGAAGGCCAGGCUGGGGAGGACUGGGAGGUCAGUCAUUUACUAAAUAUGGUGUCAGUGGAGGAGAGUGCACCGAAAGCGUCUGUCUCUACUGAACCAGAAGGUUUGAGUCACAUUCUGAACCAGAGUGUCAUCCUGGAUGCCCAACAAGUCAGAGAGAUCUCAAAAGAGCUGCCUCCACGUACAGUCGGACACACGUGGCAGCUGUCCUACAGCACGGACAAACACGGGGCCAGUCUCAAGACCCUUUACAGGAAACUCAGCACCACAGACUCGCCUGUGCUGAUUCUCAUCAAGGAUCACAACCAGCAGGUUUUUGGGAGCUUCCUCUCACAUCCGUUGCAUCCUAGUGAAGCAUUUUAUGGUACUGGAGAGACCUUUCUGUUCCUGUCUCAUCCACGUUUUAAGUGUUUCCGUUGGACUGGAGAAAACUCGUUUUUUAUCAAAGGAGAUUUGGACUCUUUUGCCAUUGGAGGAGGAAGUGGUCACUUUGGUUUGUGGGUGGACGAGAGGUUGUUCUUGGGCAGAAGCAGCCCCUGUUUCACCUUUAAUAACUGCAGCCUGUCUGAGACCAACGACUUCACAAUUCUGGAGUUGGAAGCCUGGACAUUCGGCUGACACUACAAGCAUUCAAAAUAAUCUAAAACAUCAUGAUUUAGUGGAAAUAUGGCCAUUAACAGAUAAACCAAUUCUCCAGUUUACUGACAACUGAAAAUCAAAGGAAAGAGACACUGCAAACUCUGAACGCUGAAUAAUCUGCUUGAAGGGAAUGAAAGCUCACCUAACAUCUUUACCAUCAUGAUGAAAAAAAUCUGUUUCGUCUUGUGAUUAAGAUGCAUUUGGGUCCAAUUCAUUAUUUGAAUGUGUGCACUUCAUCGUACAAGAAAUAAUAUCUUUAGGUGAGUUCUGGGACAAAAUGGAGGACUCUGUCCAAAUAACAUUAUCUGAGCAGUACGUGUUUGUACUGGUGAGGUUGUUUGUGGAUCCUGCAUUGUUACUGCAGCUCUGGUUACAGCUUGAAUAUUACUGUGAUGAGGGAUUUUUUUUUUUUAUCUGUUACUUUAGGAUUCAACAAAAAUAAGCAACGCCCUGACUAAAUAGCACUGAUUAAAGCCUCGCCCGCUGUUAUUUAGCACAGCAUCAGCUAUAAACACUGGUUUAGGCAUUAGUUUAAACCCACAGCUGUACUUUUACACAUGGAAAAUGUUUCUCAUCACUCAAGCCAAUACAAAACCAAGACUGAAAUGACUUUGGGUUGAAUACCACACACAUAAAACUUCACACAAACCCCUGAGUUGCAUGUUUCAAGUCUUGAGAGGCUUUGGGUCCAACAAACCUUUCUUAGACAUCCACAAAAAGUCCUAAGUACCUGUGUGGAUGCAUUCCUAGCCUGUAGGAAAACCUUCUUUCUGUAAAUAACUCUUACAUUGGUAAUGACACCAGUUCACCAAGUUAUCUGUACAAAAAAUGAUUCUAAAAAUGUCAAAAAUUAUAGUCCAACAAAACAAUGCAAUAUUUAUAUAUGUGAAAAUGCAGUCACUCGAUGCUGAAAGUGUUCAUUAACUCAUUACCUAAUAAAACAUCAGAUUAACAACAA